GGUAUUUGCGUUGAAGCUGCUUCUCCCAGCGCCCGCCACACAUUGAACCGUUUAUCCCCGCGUUUCUCCUCCGUCGCUCUGAGUUAUUAUGGACAACCAAGGUGUUUCGAUGAAAGAGUCCAAAAGAAGAGAGCGCCAGUCCGCUGUGAGGAUGGAGAGAAAGAAGAGAGGAAGAGAAGAAUCAGGACAGACAGGGGAAGGCAACAGGUUGGUCUAAAAUUAGGCGUUAGUGUGGGAACAGCAGAUUAAUAAUUUAUCAAAUAUUAUUUAUUUUUUAAAGGUCCAUUAGCAUGAUUUGUAAUUUGUUCAAAUCUAUUAAAUAAUCAUUGUUUGACCAUAUGACUUAGCAGAAAAUAUAUAGAGCUACUGUUACAUUUUAUUAAUUUAUAAAAUGUUUUUGUUUUUUAUGGAGCUGAUCACCCACAGUAACAUCAAAUAAAAAUAUGUAAAAAAUCAUUAAUAAAAAUCAUAACUUCUUAUGAUUAAGUCAGAUUUAUACACCUUAAAUCACUUAGCUGAGUGUGGAAUAACUUUUGUUUGUCUUAAUCUGAUCUGAGAAGACGUCACAGGUGAGCCUAAAAAUUCAGGAAUUACGUCUUUUGGAAUAAAACUGAACACAUCUCAACAUUUUUAAAGAAAUCCCCUGAAAAAGCGAUUAGUGUUAGUGAAACUAGAGAGAAAACAAAACCAGCACGUUGUGAAGAUGCUGGUUGAUGUUUGAGUUUUAUUAUCCACAGUGAAAGUUUACCAACAUGGCCUGAAAGGAAGAGGAACCCACAUUUUUAGAGAUUUCAUGAUGAAAGUGAAACAGAAAUCUGUUGCCUUAAUGACCCUUGUUGUUACAUGUAGAGGGAAAUGCCAUCGGACCUGUGAAGGUCAGAGGUGGGAGCUUUGGGGUUUGGUGGGUGUUUUCCUACAUGACAAAGUGUUGCACUUCACAGACAGCGCUGAGGACGUGUGUGGGAACAAACCUGGUUCAGUUUCACCAACUGGGUCAGGAGGAACGGGUCCAACCACCAGCAGGCUGCUGGGAAGAAACCCAAAAUCCUGCAGUUGAAAAGUUGAGGAGAUGGAUGUGGAUUUCUGAGUUUAAUUAUCAGUGUUUUCAGAUUACUCUCCUUACGGCUUUUCCACAUUUCAGUUAAAAAUCAAAGCGUAUCAGGAUUUCUGUUCUAAUGUUUUAACCAAAUGAAAGCUGGAAGCAGAGGUGAUUUCAGUCAUACUUCAUGUUGGAUACUUUAAAUAAUUAAUGUUCACUUUCAGAAAUUGCGUCCACUUUUUACAUUUUUUUUAAUUCCAGUUUGUUUCUGUUUAGUUCCAGUAAAAUGAAACCCGUUGGUCUCUGUUGGUUUCUGCACUGGCACCCUUAAGACCUCCUGGGCUCGCUGCUCCUGGCAGGACUGCGUUUUGAUUUGUGUUUGGCUUACUUUGCCUGUAGGUCCGGGCCGUUACAGUUCGCACGAUGCUGAAGGUACGGAUCUGAUCCGCCGUCUGGGUGAAUGUCGUCGUCAGUAACCAUGAGUGUCUGGGUUUGGCUCUGCUGUGACAGAAAACCCGACUAACCUGAACAAACAAAUGGUUUAGAGGUGUUAGAAAGAGACAACAUUCAUGACGUGAUUACAGAGAAUGUUUGGUGAAAAGCUGAUAAAUGAAUGACUUUAUUUCACAGCGUGUGUGUGUGUGUCCUCUUCCUCCCAGCUCUGGAGAACUCGGACUCGGGCAUCGGCCUGUGCGGCUGGCUGCUGGUUGGACUCUCCCUCAUGCUGAUGCUGGUCACUCUCCCCUUCUCCAUAUGGAUGUGCAUUAAGAUAGUGAAGGAGUACGAGCGAGCCAUUAUCUUCCGCCUUGGGCGCAUUCUGAAAGGAGGAGCUAAAGGACCGGGGUUGUUCUUCAUCUUACCGUGCACCGACAACUUCAUCAACGUCGACAUGCGAACCAUCACCUUCGACAUCCCGCCGCAAGAGGUUCUGACCAAAGACUCGGUGACGGUGAGCGUUGACGGCGUGGUGUACUACCGGGUCCAGAACGCCACCCUGGCUGUGGCCAACAUCACCAACGCGGACGCCGCCACCCGGCUGCUGGCCCAGACCACCCUGAGGAACGUCCUGGGCACCAAGAACCUGGCGGAGAUCCUGUCCGACCGCGAGGAGAUCGCUCACAGCAUGCAGUCGACUCUGGACGACGCCACAGACGACUGGGGGAUCAAGGUGGAGCGCGUGGAGAUCAAGGACGUGAAGCUGCCUCUGCAGCUCCAGAGAGCCAUGGCGGCCGAGGCGGAGGCGAGCCGCGAGGCCAGAGCCAAGGUGAUCGCGGCGGAGGGUGAGAUGAACGCGUCGCGGGCCCUGAAGGAGGCGUCCCUGGUGAUCUCUGAGGCCCCGUCGGCUCUGCAGCUGCGCUACCUGCAGACCCUCAACACCAUCGCCGCCGAGAAGAACUCCACCAUCAUCUUCCCGCUGCCGAUGGACAUGAUGCACAGCCUGAUGAAGCGCUGAGGAAGAACGCCGCCCACACACACACAUGUUUGGGCAGCUAUCUUUGCGGGGACUUUCCAUUGACUUCCAUUCAUUUCUAACCCUAACCAAAACUCAAUUCACACCUUAGUCCUAAAUCUGACCUCUGACCCAAAAGCAGCGUGGCUUCGGUCCUCACAAGGCGCAGUGGGUCCCCACAACGUAGCAUAUGUCAGGAAAAUGGGCCCCACAAGGUAUUAGAAACAAACGUGCUCGCACACACACCCACACCCACACCCACACACUCCUAGUCUGUCCUUACAUUGUAACACAACUGUUUGUUUAGAUUCGCUGUCAGAUCUCUCCUGCCAACAUCUACACUAACUUUCUGAAGAAUCUGAAAUAAUGCAACAUUUAAUUUCCCUUUGGGAUCAAUAAAGUAUUUUAGAAUUUGAAUUUCCAACGCCGCCAUGACAACGUUUCACCACGCGAGUCACACAACUAUUAAAUCCAGUAUUUUAACUUUAAAAGGUCAAAACCAGAGUUCCCAGUAGAGAAAGCGCCACGUUAACUGGUGUUAAAAAACAAACUGGUGAUUCUUUGAUUCAUCACCUUCAGUGCCUUGCAAAACUCUUCACACCUCCUCUUCCUCAUCUGUUCCUCACAUCCACAAACCUCAGAGUUUUAUUAGGAUUUCAUUUAACACACUGUAAAAACACAAAAUAUUACCAAGUAUUUUUGGUUUCGUUUUUACAGUAAACAUCUUUGCACACUUGAAAUAAAACAAGAUUUUAUUCCCAUGUUAUAAGUGAAAUAAUCUGCCAGUGGAAGUAGAAGUUUUCAAUCAAUAUUGAGGAAUUAUUGACUUAGAAUAAGCUCAUAUAUCUGACUAACCUGUUAGUUAGUCUUGUCUUAUUUCAAGUGUACUUGAAAUAGAAACUAAAGUACUUGGUCUGAUUUUGAGUUUUGUAGUGUAAACUGGUGUUUAGUGAUGAAGCGGAAGACAACUGGAAGAUCUGAAAAGUGUGGCAUGCAUCUGUCUUCACCCUCUUCCAGGGUUGUUUAGCUUCAUCCAUUAACUCUGUAGAAAAUGACCCCACAGCAUGAUGCUGCCACCGCCGUCUGUUUACAGAUUACUUCAGAAGUUAAGUGACUACUGAAAAACGUAACUAACGGAUUUAGGAAGGGGAUUAAAUUUAGGGGAGAAUACAGAUGAAUGCCACACUUUUCAGAUUUCCCCCCCUUGCUGUUUAAGUGUAAAUAAACAACAUGGAGGACGGGCAGCAGCUCUCCAUGUUGAACCGCAUUUAUAUUCUGUAAAUUAUUAUUAUCCAUUUAUAAGACGAAACGUUUCCAGGCUUCAGGCUGGAUUCGGACGCCUGUACAUAGAUACUAAAAGCUUUCUAUCAACCCAGAGGACCUGAAGUAUUUAUACUCACUGAUAGACUAGAGACUCGUAUAAGCCAUUAAAACCCAGAGUAGAACAGUUCAUAUGUCAGUGGUGCCUUUCAUUUAACCUUCAGUUUUCAUACUUUUUACUAAAUCAGGGGCUACAAACCUUUCAGCCAGAAGCCUUAACUCACUGCCAACCUGUUGUUUUUAUUCUCCUUCCGUCUGCUCCGGAGAAUUUAUUUACAAUUUUAACAAACCAAACACGUGUUUACCUUUUAUAUUAACCUGUGACGUAUAACAUGCAUCCCUGUUUGCUCGACUGUUGGUAGUUUAUGCAUCCCGUAGGUUUAGCUGUUAUUUAUUACACGGAUCAGCCAUUACAUUAUGACCGCCUUCCUAAAGUAGCAGCUUCCAUUUUUCACAGAACACCACCAGGAUGCUUUAGUGGAUUGAUAAAACAUCCAUCUGAACUGAAAAGGUUUUCCUUUCAUUUGGUGUGAAUCCUGGGGGGAGUUAGGCCACGCCCACCAAAUGUUGGUGGAUUAGAAUCGAUCAUAGCCAUAGUUUGGUGCCAAACGUAUGACAACGGCGUGACGUCUGACUUCGCCUUGCUGCCA